AUGAGCGUUGCCAGAUGUGGUUGUAAAGAAAAUCGUCCUUUGACUGCUGGUCGGUCAUGCUGCAGUUGUAAUUUAAACUCGCAGAAAAUAACUAAAGACAGUUUCAAAGUGCCAGCACCACCUGCGAGCCGUCCUUUAACAACGAAAGUAAACUUCUCAGACAACAAAGAGCAAGUAACCACAACUGAGUCUCAAGUUAAAAAUGAAGACAAAAAGAAAUCGUGGUCGCUGUCAGAUUUCGAUUUGGGACGUCCACUGGGCAAAGGUAAAUUUGGAAAUGUAUACUUGGCUCGCGAGAAAGAAUCACAUUACGUGGUUGCUCUAAAAGUACUUUUUAAGAGUCAAAUCUUGGAUUCUGAAAUCGAGCAUCAGGUUCGGCGCGAAGUGGAGAUACAAUGCCGUCUUCGACACCCAAAUAUUCUACGUAUGUAUGGCUACUUUCACGACGAGAAGCGAAUUUAUUUGAUUUUGGAAUAUGCGAAGCAUGGAUCUCUUUACAAACUUUUAAAAGAGCGGGAACGUUUUGAUGAAAAGACUGUUGCUAUCUACAUCAGAGAUUUAUGCAAAGCUUUAGUAUACUGUCAUACCAAAAAAGUAAUACAUCGUGAUAUCAAACCAGAAAAUUUACUUGUCGGACACAAUUGGGAACUGAAGAUUGCAGAUUUCGGGUGGUCAGUGCAUUCACCGUCUUCUAGAAGAAUGACACUGUGUGGUACUUUAGAUUAUCUAUCCCCAGAGAUGGUUGAGGGAAAACCACACAGCUAUGCUGUUGAUAUAUGGAGUCUUGGUGUGCUGUGCUAUGAGCUACUAGUUGGCAUACCACCAUUUGAUGCCAAAGACUCACACCAAACAUAUAAGAAAAUAAGAUAUGUUAUCAUUAAGUAUCCAGAUUUUGUAUCUGAAAAGGCCAGGGAUUUGAUGGGGAAAUUGUUAGUCAUUAACCCUGAUCAGAGAUUGCCUCUUUCUCAUGUAUUACAGCAUCCAUGGAUUACUGAGAACGCUCCGGAAGGUGUGGUUCCGCCUGCUUUUAAUGCGGAAAAAAAAUGA